AUGGGUGUGAUAAUGUUGCUUCUCUUAGCAAGUUCUUUCACUGUGUUUGCUUCUCCUACACCACCCCCACUUCAUUCUCCACCCCCUCCGUUUCACAUACCGGUUGACCCACCGCUUCACGCCCACUCUCCUCCACCACCUCACCCUCACUCUCCUCCUCCACCUCACCCUCACUCACCUCCACCACCGUCCCCGUUUCACCCACCGGUUGAGCCACCACUUCACGCCCCUCGUCCACAUUACCACCACCACCACCACCCACCGGCCCAUGCUCCUUUUCACCCUCCUCCUCCUCCUCCUCCUCCUCCUCCUCAUGUCCCAUUCAAGCCCCAUGUUCCCCCACCUCCUCCCCAUUUCGCUGUUCAUCCACCGCGUCCCUUUCUUAGACUCUUGAAGGAAGUUCAAGGCGUUGUUUAUGUUAAGUCCUGCAAGUAUGCUAACUUUGACACUCUCUUGGAAGCCCCACCAGUACUUGGUGCCGUUGUGGAGCUGCGAUGCUACAUCAACAAGCACAAAUAUGUCGUACCAGCCAAGACUGACAAGAACGGUUACUUCUUACUUCAAGUCCCAAUAAGCAUCACCACUUCUGGAGUUCACAACUGCAAAGUCUUUUUGGUAAGUGCACCUGGUGGCCUAAAACCCACUAAUCUCAAUGGUGGUGUCACUGGUGGUGUCCUCAGGGCAGAGAAGCCAGGUGUUGAACGGAAGAAGCUUCCUUAUGUGCUCUACGAUGUUGGACCUUUCGCAUUUGAGCCCAAAUGCCCUCGUUAA